AUGAUUCAACAAUAUUAUCCUUAUAUUAGUCAAUUAUUUUAGAUUCUUAUUAUAGAUUUUAAGCCACCUAAACAUACUUAGAUUGAGAAUCAAUUAGAAAUUCAUAGAACUCUGAAAGGAAAUGUUCAACGUCGUUAUAAGAAUGAUGAGUUUGAACAUAAAAUAAAUUAAAAAGUAUCGCUUCCCAGUCUACCUAAUUUUAAAAAAGCAGAUUUAUAAAGUGAUCAGAAAUUGCUGAAUCUUUCAAAUGGAACUAAGCCUCACAAUAGAUUGCCAAAACUGGAAGCAAAAAGCGAAGUGCCUAAACAAUUAAAAUUGGAAGAUGCAAUCAUUCAUUAUAAUAGUGUGACUCCAGAAAGAAGAUAGUAGAGUCCUGAGAGACAAUUGUCACUAAAUAAAAAAAGAUUAAUGGCGAAAACAUGGAAUGGAGGACAAUAUGCCUUUAAAACAAAAGCUGGAUGUUUAGCUAAUAAAACGUCAAAAACUAAUCAAGAUUCUGGAAUAGUUUUACCCAAUUGUUUGGAGAAUUUAGGUUAUAGUAUGUUUGGAGUUUGUGAUGGUCAUGGCUCAAAUGGGCAUCUAGUAUCUCAAUUUAUAAGAUAAGCACUACCUAAGCAUCUCGAAUAGUACUUAGUUAAAGACGACAACAAAAACAAAGUAAUUUAAAAAGCAUUCGAAUAAACUAAUAAAGAAAUAUGGGAUUCUGAGACUGAUACAUCUUUAUCAGGAUCUACAACAGUCUCAGUGAUUAUCAAAAAAGACUAACUUUGGACAGCCAACGUUGGAGAUUCUCGAGCCAUUAUUUGUAGGAAUCAAGAAGGGAAUUGGAAGGCAAUAUAAAUUACUAGAGAUCACAAACCAAAUGUGGAAGAUGAAAAAUAAAGAAUUAUUUAAGCAGGAGGAAGAGUGGAGAGUCAAAAAGUAGGUCCUGAAAGAGUUUGGUUAUCAUAUAUAGAUGCUCCAGGAUUGGCCAUGACCAGAAGUUUAGGUGAUAAAAUAGGUGCUUAAGCUGGAGUCUCAGCAGAUCCAGAAAUAUUUGAAUUCACACUCACAUAAUAUGAUUAAUGCAUUAUCAUUGCAUCUGAUGGAGUUUGGGAAUAUCUUUCAAAUGAAGAUGUAAUGAAUGUAGUUACUCCAUACAUUGAAAAAGAAAACAUUGAUUUAGCUGCAGAUAGAUUGAUGGCUGAAUCUAUUAAUGCCUGGAAGAGACAUAGUUUAUCCAGAGAUGACAUUACUUGCAUAGUUGUUUACUUAAAGAGUUGA